CUAUAUUUUCGUUACACAGUAUUCUCAAAAAUCUUUUUAGAUGAUUGAUAAAUAGAUUGCUUUAUUCAGAAAUAUGAUCGCAAAGCACCAGAAAAAAACGAAGUGUAAUUUUCGUACGUGGAAUAGUAACAAAACUGGCCAAAACUAGAUACUUUUUGUGUAAUAUUUAACUGACAUUGCAGCAUAUUUUGACGCAUAUACCAUUAUUGUGAGCGAACGCUAAUAGCUUUUCAUAUUCAAUAUUUUUAUUUCGCUUCUGCUAGGUCGAUAAAAUGCCAUUUGCACCUGAGUUAUGCACUCAUUCUCAAAAAGUUUGUACCUUGUAUAAAAAAGCUCUACGAAAUAUUGAAGCGUUCUAUGUAAAUAGACAUGUUACAAGGUAUCAUCAAGUUAUUUUGAGAGCUGAGUUUGACAAAAACAAGUGUGUUACUGAUCCGAAAGAACGUCGUCGAUUGCUUUGGCUUGGGGAACAUGAGCUGUUUAAGAUAUGGUGCCCACUACCGGUCAACAGAUUUCCUACUUCACGUGAUGGUGGGAGUGCGUCUGAACGAGUAAUUACACCUCCGGACUGGGUACUUGACUAUUGGCACCCGCUAGAGAAAGCUCAUUACCCUGAAUACUUCAGAAAGCGUGAAGCUCGUAAAUGUGAAUACAUUCAGAAAUGGCAUUUGGGCACACUAUAUUAAAUCACUAGUCUUUUAGAUUAACUAAAUUCAGAAUUAUAUUUUUUGUCAUGUUUCUUAUUAUAAUGUAUAAUUUAGUAUUAUUGUUAGUAGAAUAAAUUAAUUUUUCACAGCUUCUUCCUAUCAAACAAUAAAACGUUUUUUGACAUUAACCCAGGCAUGAUGGGUCACAUUGUAAUGUAAUUGUCAUUUCAAAAUACAUCAACAAAUUCAGAACUUUUAGGUUAUAUUCAAAGUUAUUUGAAUUUAAUUAAAUAUUAAUGACGAAAGUUGAAUUGUUAUUGUAGUAGCUUGUGUGGACUUUAAUUUAGUAUGUAAAUUAGUAAAUAUAUAUGCGAAGAGUACAAUAAAUAAUAGUAAAAAUGGCUGAAAGCGAUUCUAAGGAGGCUAAAAAGCCUAUGACUGACGAGGAAAGGCUCGCACUAAGUCAGAAGUUGGAUAGAGAGUUAGAUGAGUUCAUCAAUAGUUUGGAGAAGAAGAGGUACACAGAAGGAUGGCCCGAAGACAAGUGGGAGGAAGAAAUGGACAAGCAUCCUUUCUUCAUGAAAACGAAUCCAGACGGUGGUGAGAUGUCACCGUUGGCUGAGGGUCUGGCGAAGCUGAAGUAUGACCCUGAGGAGAACACUCCGGUGGAACUAGCUGGAAACUACAAGGAGGAUGGAAACUUCAACUUCAAACAUAAAAACUAUAGACUUGCUAUUAUGGGGUAAGUUGACUUUAUGAGUGAGUACUUUUUGCAUAAUAUUAAGAUUCAUAAAUGUAGGAACAUAUGUAAUAUGUGAGCACUGUAACAGUCCAGCUAAUAAAAAUUAAAUAAAUGGUGUUUAUCUAUUGUACACUCCAAUUUGUUGG